AUGAUAUUAACUGGGGAUACCAAGACUUUCAAGAGGGCUGUUUUAGAGUACGGCGUCAACGGCAACAAGAAUAGCAAUGCUGAGGAGUGGAAUGUGUUGCUUCAAUGGUUAGAUCCAGCUGGUAAGAAGAAUCACCAAUUGAAGCCCCCAAACUUGUUAGUUAAGACAAUGAUCGAGAAAUUAUUGCUAGGAAGUAACGACUAUCAACUUCUAAGUAACAUUCAGGAUUACUACUGUUGGCAAUGCAGAGUUUAUUUUUACAAUGAGUACAAACGAAUAGAGACUCUCAAUGAGUUGAAAAGAAUAGAGAGGCACGUUUUAUUCCCUUUAAAAUAUAUACCAAUUUUUGAAGGUAAUAAUCGAGUUGAAAAUGAAGUCAGGUUGUUUGGGAACUAUCUAUUAAAAACUAACAAGAAGGUUAUGUCAAGGGCGGUUGAGAGACUCCGAAACCGGAUGCUUGAAGAUGAUUUUGAACUAGCUACGGAAAUUGUAGAUUACUUUGAUUAUUGCCAGACUGAUUCUACUAGCAUUGUAUUGGAUAUAAUACUUGACAAAAUUGAGCAGUUUUGCCAAUUACACUAUACAAGAAAAUGGAAUAAAAGGUACCUAAUCAUGGAGACGUUUAAUCAGUUCAUAUCACAAUACUGGGAUCAAUUGUCAAGCUUACUAUUUUGCCAGGAGGAUAAUCAUACCAUUACAAAUACACUUUACAAAUACUUUGAGAAGCAAUUUAUCUCCAUUCGAACCAAUGAAAUAUUUGAUAUAUGCAUAAGUAAUCCUGCAAGUGUUCAACCGACGUUAUUAGAGUUGAGAAAGGAAAUAUCCACUGUGAACGAUUUUAACUGUGUAGUUGUUGAACUUUUGUCAAAGUUCAAUUUAAAGGUUAUCAACCCUAGUAUUGUUACUGCUGACGCUUUGUUUCUUUAUAUUCGUACAAUCAAGACAUUUAGCAUUUUGGAUCCUUCAGGUCGAUAUUUGCAAACAAUUUCCUCAUAUGUUAAACCUCAUUUUAGACAGCGGAAAGAUCUGGUACAUUUAUUAUUAUUUUCAAUGCUUGGUCUUGAUGAAACUGAUCAACUGAAUACAAUGCCUAGCCAAGUCAGUGAGGAAAAACUAACUGCAUUGACAAACGAGUUAAAGGACACAGAAAUCUGUUCAUACACAGAAGAAUCAGAUGAUGUGGUAGAUCCUAUGAUAGGAUCGUUUUCCAAAGAAGAGGAUAGUAUGGUGCUAGAGCAGGUAAUAAAGAGGUAUAUGGAAUGGAUCCCAGAAGUGCCGACAUCCUUCGGUAAAGGUAUCCUUUCUGAUCAUAAAUUAGACUUAUUUGAUAUUCUAUUAGAACUACUAGAAUCAAAAGAGACGCUUGUUAUAGAGUUCAAGAACCUUUUGACUAAAAAGCUACUCGAUUUAAGAGGCUACACAUUGGAUAAAAAGUGGAGCAAAUUCCUAAGCCUGCUCAAAAAACGUUUUGACAAUAGAAGCACGGAAACGAUGGAUGAAGAAGACCUGAAUAACAUCAAUACCAUUGAUAUCAUGCUAAGAGAUAUUUACAAGAGUAGGCAAAUUGCUACUGAUAUGCAACUUGAUUUGCAUAAUACCAACGUGAAAGUGUACCCGAAGAUCGUUUCUGCAUUAUACUGGUCAAAUAAUUCUGACACACAAAGCAAAGCUGGUGACUUUGAGAUGGAUGGCGAAUUGGAACAUCUAUUGGAAUUAUAUUCGCGCUUCUAUUCGCAGAAACAAAUCGGCCAAAAAUUAGAACUGAGAAGGGAUAACGGUUCUGUCUCUUUGAACUUAAGCUUUUUGGAUGGGCGGACCGUGCACUGUAAAGCGUCAUUGCGUCAAUACUCGGUACUCACAUUGUUCAAAAGCCCCAAACAUGACUCUAAUUUUCCCACCGAGGGCCUCACAAUCAGUGAAUUGUGUGCAAGAUCAGGGAUGCAAUCUAAGCAGAUGGCCGAUAUUCUACGAUAUUGGGUAAGCAAAGAUGUACUGUAUUUUUCGGACGGUAAGUAUCGUACAUUAGAGUUCCUAAGAUGGAAAGGUGACUCUACAUACGCCGCUAUACCAGAUGUCCUGGAAGAGUCCGUAGUAGAACGUUCUUCUCAACACGAGGACAAGCAAGAGAACCAUGUCGAAAGGGCAUUGCCCUACAUUAAAGACAUCCUCUUGAACCUUGGUACCCUCAAGAUAGACAAGCUUCACGCUUUACUACAAUCAGCCAUGCCAAAGGACUCGCACUAUAGCACGGUAAACCAGAAGCAGCUGCAAGAUUACCUCGACACCCUCGUCGAAGAAGGUGUGCUUUCCUCUGCGAGCAACGACAGUUACAAGCUGCCUCAGAUAAGAUAG